AGCUAUAAUGGACUGUAUGUUUUAAUGUUGCAGGAAAAUUAUCACUAAACUGCACAAGUGACCAUAAUGCCUGAAAAAGAGUUCAAGUUGGAUCCUGAUUCUGAACUUCGUUUUGAAGUUGAAGGAGCAAAAGAAACAGUAGAACUAACACUUCUACAAGGCAAGGCUGAAGUGUUUGGUACAGAGUUAGCCCCAGACAAACCUUAUGUUUUCCUCUCGGGUGCUAAAGUGGCAGUAUAUACAUGGCAUGGAUGUGCAUUAAAAUUAAAUGGUAACACAGAAGGCACUUACAUUGCAAAGGAGACUCCCAUGAUAAUGUACCUGAAUACUCACGCUUGCUUAGAGAGAUUGAGAAGGCAAGCUGAUGAAGGACUAGCUAACGGAGAAGACACAAGAGGUCCAGUCACAAUGAUUGUGGGCCCAACAGAUGUUGGCAAAUCUACACUUUGCCGUAUACUUCUCAACUAUGCUGUUCGUAUGGGGCGACGACCAAUCUUUGUAGAUUUAGACAUUGGUCAGGGCUCCAUUGCUAUACCAGGAACACUAGGAGCAUUGUUAAUUGAAAGAGCAGCAUCCGUUGGGGAAGGUUUUUCUCAGGAGGCUCCAUUAGUUUUCAAUUUUGGACAUUUAUAUCCUGAUGCAAAUAUGACGCUUUACAAUAUCUUGGUGUCACGGUUAGCUUCCAUAGUACAAGAUAAAAUGGUUAUUAAUAAAAAAGUUGCAGCUUCUGGUGUGGUCAUCAACACUUGUGGUUUUGUUAAAGGCCCUGGUUAUAAAAGUUUAACUCACGUUGCUCAAGCUUUUGAAGCGGAUGUCAUAAUUGUCCUUGACCAGGAGAGACUCUACAAUGAGCUCGUCCGAGACAUUCCAUUUAUAAAAAUUGUCUUUUUGCCAAAGAGUGGUGGUGUAGUGGAAAGAACCGGGGCAAUGAGAGCUGCAGCACGAGAUGAUCGUAUAAGAGAGUAUUAUUAUGGUCUUCAUACAAAGUACCAUCCACAUAGCUUUGAUGUCAGUUUAAGCACAGUCCAAAUAUACAAAAUUGGGGCACCGUCUUUACCUGAUUCAUGCAUGCCUGCCGACAUGAAGGUUAAUGACGACCACAUGACCAGACUUGUUCGGGUAGAGCCAAGUCCAAAACUUAAACAUCAUAUGUUAGCUGUGAGCUUAGCUACUCAACCAGAGGACUUACUUACUUCAAAUGUUGCUGGAUUCAUUUGUGUGCUGGACUUUGAUGAAGAAAACAAAUUGAUGAAGAUUUUAUCACCGCAGCCAAAACCUCUGCCUAGAACGCUACUACUACUCACUGAAGUUCAGUUUAUGGACUCUAAUUGAGACAUUAUGUACUUUAUUGCAGUCCUCUUGUAUGUUUUAUACCAUGGAUUUGGUAAAGUGUAUAUAUGAAGGUGAAACAAAAUACCAUAAAAGUAAGAACACUGCAAUUCUGGAAAAUACAGUAAAAAGUACCCUCACAUUUCAAGCUGUGUAUGAAAGACACAGCAAUGAUUAAAAACUUGUCAAGAAAAUGUGUGAAAUAACAAGGGGGGGGAGGGGUGACCUUCCCCUCCAGGAAGGUCGAGUCUGCUCCCACUUGUACUAUUUUUUUCUGGAGCUGAUUCUUUGAAGAUGACAGUGUUGAGUCUUCUCAGGCCUACCAACGCUUUCCUGCCUAGUGUCUCACCGUUUGUCCUCCUUCACUCCAGUUUUGUCCGCCAUGAGUUUCCAAGUCCACUGUCUCAGUCACACAAUCUCAUCUCAAUACAGCUAGAGCAUCUGACUCUUUAGCCACCUCUCGGCUAUCAACGACACCUCCAGUUCACCAUUCCAUGAUGUCAGCUGUCUCGAUGCCAUCAACUAUGACGUCCGCUCCUUCCAACUCCCUUAUCCAACUAUUUGGGAGAGUCAAAGGUAUCUCCAUGAAGUGCAGUCAAUCAAAGGAGAUUUGUCGUAUAAAUCCCUUCAUCAUCUUCCUCUUCAGCUCUGUCCGUUCCCGUCGGGCGGAGGAAAGAGACACUUCAUAGCUCCUUUGCAUAAGAAGAUUCGUGCGCCUACCUUUAAAUCUCGCUCUUCUCCUGUAGCUGACCUUCAUUCUGUUCAAGUUACCUCUUGAGAAACUAUCUUCCGUCAAGGCACACUGUUCCUUUUAUGGUUUCCAACGCUGCUCAACCAGCUGAUAGCGUCAAGACUGUCAACUCUGAGUUCCAUCUCCCCUCAGAAGGCUUUCUGUUUCUUCUGUUCCUUAAGUCUGCAGGAAGGAUGACAAGGCCCCAAUCAAGAAAUCUAAAACUCUGGAUCCCUCUCCCCUGAGGUCUACUUCCUCUCAUGUACUGUACGUCCCACAUUCUGAAAGUCCUACAAGAUUCUGCAACUUUACUCUCAUCUUCUCUUCAUCCAUCAUUCCUGAUCACGUUCAGGGUUAUAUUGUUACACAGACAGGCCCGUGAUCAAGCAACAUGUUACAAGAGUCUCUCCCACGUACUAUGACUCACGCCCGCGUUGGCACAGCCGUGAGUGAACUACACACAGCAUACUGAAAAAAAAAAGAUAAUUUAUUUUGUUACAGCAAAUAUUAAGAAUGAAUUUUGUAUUGUACCUGAAAUGUAUUUUUCUUCUUAUACUUGAUGCUUGACCACUGAAAUGAUUGCAAUUUCCAUUGUUCACUAUAAAGAGGUAAGUUACCUUAACUUUUAAUAUUUAAAUUAGCAAUAAAAUAAUGACCAUGUUGCA